GAAGAAGAGAAUGGACGAGAAAGGCGGAGAAGGAUCUUUCGUGGCAGUUAGGAGAAUUUCGCCGGGCCUCGAGAGAAGCAACACUUUAUCUAUUUCUUGCUGUGCUGUGCACUGUAUCUCUAUCAGAUGCUAGAUGUAUGGUGUCUCUAUUUGAUGUGAGCUUUGGAUCUUUGAAUUGGAAAUUAGCUUGUGCUUCAUGCCUAAUUGCAUUGACAUUUGUGCGGAGGUUUUGGCAGGAUCUGCAGCAUGGCUUGGCAGAGGGCUUUCAUGUGUUUGCGUUCAGGCGAGAGAGGGUGAUAUUCGGCCCUCGUUUAAUUUUACACCUGCUGAGGAAGAGUGCUUGCAUAAGUUGCAGAGCCGUAUGGAUGUUUCUUACGACAGUACGUAUUCAGAACAUCAGGCAGCUUUAAGGGCGUUGUGGGAUUCUGCCUUUCCUGGAGAGGAGCUACAUGACCUUAUAUCUGAGCAAUGGAAGGAAAUGGGCUGGCAAGGAAAAGAUCCUUCAACUGACUUCAGGGGAGGUGGGUUUAUAUCACUGGAAAAUUUAUUAUACUUCUCGAAGAACUAUCCAAAAUCCUUUCAAGAUCUCCUUCUAAAGCGGGAAGGCAACCGGUCUAUGUGGGAAUACCCAUUCGCUGUUGCUGGUGUCAACAUCACAUUUAUGCUCAUCCAGAUGCUAGAUUUAGAGGCAGUAAAACCACAAAGGCUGGUGGGGGCAACCUUCUUGAAAUUUCUUGCAGAUAAUGAGUCCGCAUUUGAUCUUCUGUAUUGUAUUGCUUUCAAGUUGAUGGACCACCAGUGGCUCUCUAUGCGAGCAUCAUAUAUGGAUUUCAACACUGUGAUGAAAGCUACACGGCGACAACUAGAGAAGGAACUUGUGUUGGAAGAUGUAAAACGGCUAGAAGACUUGCCCUCUUACAGCCUUCUAAUCCAUUAUUAAGCUGUACACUCCUAUAGUCCAAUAUGAAAUUUACUUGAAGAAAAAAAUGAUCUGUAU